GCCUGCCCGGGCAUCCCUUCGCUACGCCUCUCGGCCUCCACCUGCCGCGGAACGGGGGGCGGGCCGAGGGCGGGGCGGGGCGGUGCCCCGGGGGCGGAGGCCGGAGCCCUAGCGGACGCGGAGCCGCGGCUGCCGCAGUGGUGCCAACCAGCGUGGGCGACCGAGCGGUGAAAAUUGGGAGACCCCUGAAGACCAGCGAGACUCGAGACCGGAGACUCGUCUUGGAGACGUGGGGCUUGGGGCGCGAGCGAGUUUCCUUGCGCUCGCGGGGAGCGCACACGGUGUUAGCCCCAUGGCCGGGACUCCGGACCACGUUCCUCGGGGUGUCCCCGGGAUUUGUUACCUUCUUGGAUCCUUGCUCGCCGGACUGCUCUCCUCAGGGGCUGUCGCCUUCAAUCUGGAUGUGAUGGGCGCCCUGCGCAAGGAGGGCGAGCCGGGAAGCCUCUUCGGCUUCUCUGUGGCUCUGCACCGGCAGCUACAGCCCCGACCCCAGAGCUGGUGGCCCCUGAUUCUGUCUCCAGUAGUCAAGCUGGAGGCAUUCCCAGAGGGGCCUGACUGCCUAACAGGGCUUUUGCCCCAGCAGGGGGUGCUCUGCUGCCUGGUGGCCCUUGAGAAACCAGAUAUCGCUGUGGGUGCUCCCUUUGAUGGGGAUGGGAAAGUCUUUAUCUACCACGGGAGCAGUCUGGGGGUUGUCAUCAAACCUUCCCAGGUGCUGGAGGGCGAGGCCGUGAGCAUAAAGAGCUUUGGCUACUCUCUGUCUGGUGGCCUGGAUGUGGAUGGAAACCAUUACCCCGACCUGCUGGUGGGCUCCCUGACUGACACUGCUGUGCUCUUCAGGGCCAGACCCGUCCUCCACGUCUCUUAUGAGGUCUUCAUUGCUCCACGAACUAUCGACCUAGAACAGCCCAACUGUGCUGGUGGCCACUCGGUCUGUGUGGACCUAAGGGUCUGUUUCAGCUACGUUGCAGCCCCCAGCAGCUACAGUCCUAUUGUGGCCCUGGAUUACGUGCUAGAUGGGGAUACAGACCGCAGGCUUCGGGGCCAGGUCCCCCGUGUGACCUUCCUGAGUCGUGGCCCAGAUGACCCUAAGCACCAGGCCUCGGGCACCGUGUGGCUGAAGCACCAGCAUGACCGAGUCUGCGGAGACACCAUGUUCCAGUUACAGUAGGCAGCAGAUCUGAGAAUUGAACCAGGUUGUGUAAUCCUGUGAUACUCUAUCCCACUGUAUGCCUUGGCCACACAUUCACCUCCUGCCUCGCCCCCUAGGAAUGACCCUCUCCUUAAAUAUCUCCAGAUUCACUUCCUGAAGCAAGGCUGUGGUGAAGAUAAGAUCUGCCAGAGCAAUCUGCAGCUUGUCCAUGCCCGCUUCUGUGCCCGGGUCAGCGACACGGAGUUCCAGCCUCUGCCCAUGGAUACAGAUGGGACAACAGCCCUGUUUGCACUGAGUGGGCAGCCAGUCAUUGGCUUGGAGCUGACGGUUACCAAUCUGCCCUCGGACCCAGCCCAGCCCCAGGCUGAUGGGGACGAUGCCCAUGAAGCCCAGCUCCUGGUCAGCCUCCCUGACUCACUGCACUACUCAGGAGUCCGGGCCCUGGACCCUAUGGAGAAGCCACUGUGCCUGUCCAAUGAGAAUGCCUCCCAUGUUGAGUGUGAGCUGGGGAACCCCAUGAAGAGAGAUGCCCAGAUCACCUUCUACCUCAUCCUUAGCACCUCAGGGAUCACCAUUGAGACCACAGAACUAGAGGUGAAGCUGCUGUUGGCCACGAUCAGCGAACAGGAGCUGCAUCCGGUCUCUGCCCGGGCCCGUGUCUUCAUUGAGCUGCCGCUGUCCAUCACAGGGGUGGCCAUUCCCCAGCAGCUCUUCUUCUCUGGUGUGGUGCGGGGAGAGAGAGCCAUGCAGUCCGAGAAGCAAGUUGGCAGCAAGGUCAAGUAUGAGGUCACGGUCUCCAACCAGGGCCAGUCGCUCAACACCCUGGGCUCUGCCUUCCUCAACAUCAUGUGGCCUCACGAGAUUGCCAACGGGAAGUGGUUGCUGUACCCCAUGCGGGUGGAACUGGAGGGCGGGCAGGGGCCUGGGCGAAAGGGGCUCUGUUCUCCCAGGCCCAACAUCCUCCACCUGCAUGUGGACAGCAAGGACAGGAGGCGGCGGGAGCUGGAGCGGCCUGAGAAGCAGGAACCUCAGGAGCAGCCAAAGCCCAGCACGUCCUGGUGGCCAGUGUCCUCUGCUGAGAAGAAGAAAAACAUCACCCUGGACUGCGCCCGGGGCACAGCCAACUGCAUUGUGUUCAGCUGCCCACUCUACAGCUUUGACCGGGCGGCUGUGCUGCACGUCUGGGGUCGUCUCUGGAACAGCACCUUCCUGGAGGAGUACUCAACUGUGAAGUCCCUGGAAGUGAUUGUCCGAGCCAACAUCACUGUGAAGUCCUCCAUCAAAAACUUGCUGCUCAGAGAUGCCUCCACAGUGAUCCCAGUGACGGUGUACUUGGACCCGGUGGCUGUGGUGGCAGAGGGAGUCCCCUGGUGGGUCAUCCUCCUGGCUGUUCUGGCCGGACUGUUGGUGCUGGCGCUGCUGGUGCUGCUCAUGUGGAAGAUGGGAUUCUUCAAGCGGGCGCGGUACCCCGAGGCCACCGUGCCCCAGUACCAUGCGGUGAAGAUCCCGCGGGAAGACCGACAGCAGUUCAAGGAGGAGAAGACAGGCACCAUCCUGAGGAGCAACUGGGGCAGCCCCCGGCGGGAGGGCCCUGACGCACACCCCAUCCUGGCUGCCGAUGGGCACCCUGAGCUGGGCUCUGAUGGGCACUCAGGGCCAGGCACUGCCUAGCUUCUUCUGUCCCAGCCUGGCCCGUGGAUCCCCUCCACCCCUUCCCCAGAGAUGGCUCCUUGGGAUGAAGAGGGUUGCUGGUGUCCCAUUAGGAUUGGGCUGGAUCUAUUUCCUCAGGGGCAUAGACCUCUCCUCCCAGAAGGAGCACCCCCAAACUUGCCCUUAGAAUGCUGAGACGAGAGGGGUAAAUCAGGGGUGGGAUCAUGGGGUAGGGUGAGAAAGGCAGCAAUGUCCUGACGCAAAGAUGGGGAGAAGGGACCCUAAUCUCUUCUUCUCCCAUUCAUCCAUAUAACAGGACCCCAAGGACCUGUCUCCCUGAAAGUGCCUUAGCCCAGAAGGUUGGGGAGGAGGUUGCAUCACUGACUCAGGGGCUCUCCCCUCCCUAGUUUCCCCUCUCCUCUGACCUUAGUUUGCUGCAUCAAUCUAGUGGAUUUUGUCUAUUUAUUAAAAUAAUAUUUGAGGACAAA